GGUUCUUCACCUUUGCGAUUCCUCUCUGGUCGAAGCCCCUGCGCGAGCUCGCCACCCCCAAAUUCGCUUCCCUUCCUCCCCGCGGAUUCUUCCGUCGCGGCCUACGGUUUGGACCCCGACGAUGCAAUUCCUCCGUCGCGGGAUCGGAGCUCCCCAGUGGCGAGCCGUCGGAGGCGGCGCCGGCUUUCCGGCGAGAAACGCCGCGUCGUUCGGCUCCGCGUCGACAACCGGCUCCCAAACUGCGGCGCCAACUUUGGCUCGUGACGUCCCAUGUCCUACGCCGUGGCUCUGUAAUCUGUGGCAUUUGCCUUCUUUCUUCAGUAGAUGCAUAACCACAGCGGGAGAUUCGGUCAAGGCGCCUUUGCGAGAUUCUUCAGUGCAUUUGACUGAUGUGCCUCCUCGCAUCAAAUUUAAGAGGCUGGAUAAAACGGCUAGGAACAUAAUGAAGAUUCUAGAUAAGGAAGCAGUGGAGGAAGUGAAGGCUCGGAGAGACAUACCCGAUAUAAGAGCUGGUUACUUAGUUCGAAUGAAAGUGGAAGUUCCUGAGAACAAAAGACGUUUAUCGACCUUAGAGGGGAUCGUCAUAGCAAGACGUAAUGCUGGUUUAAAUAGUACAUUCAGAAUAAGGAGGCUAGUUGCUGGAGUUGGAAUUGAAUCUCUUUUUCCGCUGUAUUCACCAAACAUAAAGGAGAUAAAGGUGCUGGACAAGAGGAAAGUAAGGAGGGCCAAGCUGUAUUAUCUAAGAGAGAGGCUGAAUCCACUUAAGAAGAAAUAGAAACCUCCGUAGUUAGUGCAUGAUGAUUCGCACUUUAGUGCAGAAACGCAGAAACGGAGUAGGGUUUGUUUUGUUGAUGAGAAAUGGCGCAAAUUUUCAUGAUUAUUGUCAUCCUUGGGUUAAUAUGCGGAUGCUUCUGGAAUUCUAGUUCAGGUCUACAUGAUUGCCUGCUAAGCUUCUAAAGGUGUUAAUAUUUUUGCUAUAGCUGUGAUGUUAUAGUCUCAAGAAACGUAGCUAAUUGAUCUGUAGCGCACACAGGAGAUAUUUCUUCAACCGGGCUCUGAGUUUUCAAUGACAACUGCAUUUCUUUGGUUCA